GGAUGACAUGCAUGAAGCCGAUGUGCACUUGCAGCUUCCGUUCGCAGUUUGUGCAAGAUGACAGCUCGUCCAGCGACACCUCCGAGACGUGUCUAUGGCAAGCAGCCGGAUGUUGCGGGCACGCCAGUCCCAGCCGCUCCAUCAAAGCAUAAAAUUUUUGUGAACGAGUCUGGCCCGAUGACCUUUUACAUUCCGCCCUGCGCUGAUCACUUAAACCUUUGCGACCUCAUCAAGAAAGGAGGAGGGAAGAUUGCACAGAAGGCCGGAAAGGAUGCCAUCAAUAUCGUGCCUGAAUCGGCCAAACACAAAAAGAUUCAACGCUUGGAGGACGCCACCUCCUCGCGCUUCAUCGUGGAUUGCACGUUUCAACAGAAGACGCUGCCUUUGGGGGACUACCGUUUGGGCCCUCCCAUGCGCAAGCCUGCCGCAGCACCGGGGCGCCCGUCGCAAGCCCGUCGGGCGCGCACCCGAGAGAAGUACACGCGGGAAGAUGAUGUUGCACUCAAGGAGUGGGUGAAGAAGAAUGUGGGGCUCAAGAGCCAGGGCAAAGAGCUUUGGGUCCGAGCUGUUCAAGCUAAAGUCACCGGCCAUUCGUGGCAGAGUAUGCAGAAUCGCUACCGAAGACAUUUGAAACCCAAGAAGGGCCAAGCACUGCGGAAGUCCCUGGCUCUGGGGGCACGGCCGACCGGUGUGGAAGACAUCGAGGACUUCUCCCAGAGAUCUGGGGACCAGUCAAAGGUGAACCCAGCAGCUCCCAGUCGGGUGCGAAGCGCUGCCAGGGGCUCCUUGACCGACGCACAAGUGGCCAAGAUGCGUCGCCGCAGCCAGGCCACGCGGCCCAGACCUGAACCAGGUACCGGUCGCGCGACCGGUGGAGCGCUUCAACCGAGCACGAGCGCCGUUCUCGGCGCUUCCACGCACUCCUUGCCCCUCUUCUGGGGCGUGCCGACUCGGAUCUUGGAGCGACAGGAUGUGCAGACGCCUGUGGACAUGACUUACAUUUGAAGCUGUUGACCGUGCGGGUUUUGUCCUAGAAGGCGUUUGGCUUGCUUGGGGUCAGCUCCCAGUCUGGAGUUUGGAUAAUUCGUGGCUGCUAUUGGGGUCCUGCAGUCAAGACAUGGCUGCAUCUGGUGGCUGUCCAUCAGCGAGAAACCAUACGAAGCUUCGGAUGUCUCUCGUGAACAACGUGUGGACACCUGCAGAUGUACAGGAGAGGUUUACUUGA